UUACCUCAAAAGAAAGAGAAUCUGGUUUUGAGCUUAGAUGCCAUUGUGAUAAGCCUGCUGUUUCUCUUUCUGCCCAGGAGCCAUGGAUAACAGAGGCUUUCAGCAGGGGAGCUUCAGUAGCUUCCAGAGCAGCUCCAGUGACGAAGACCUGAUGGACAUACCAAGGACAGCUAUGGACUUCUCCAUGAGAGAUGAUGUUCCUCCCUUAGACCGAGAGAUGGAAGGGGACAAGUCGUACAAUGGUGGCGGAAUAGGCUCUUCAAACAGGAUCAUGGACUUCUUGGAGGAGCCAAUCCCUGGUGUAGGGACCUAUGAUGAUUUCAACACAAUUGAUUGGGUGAGAGAGAAGUCUCGAGAUCGGGAUAGGCACCGAGAGAUUACCAAUAAAAGCAAAGAGUCAACGUGGGCCUUAAUUCACAGUGUGAGUGAUGCUUUUUCCGGCUGGUUGUUGAUGCUCCUUAUUGGUCUUUUAUCAGGUUCCUUAGCUGGUCUGAUAGACAUCUCUGCUCAUUGGAUGACAGACUUAAAAGAAGGUAUAUGCACUGGGGGAUUCUGGUUUAACCACGAACACUGUUGCUGGAAGUCUAAGCACGUCACAUUUGAAGACAGAUACAAAUGCCCAGAGUGGAAUAGCUGGUCCCAGCUUAUCAUUAGCACGGAUGAGGGAGCCUUUGCCUACAUAGUGAAUUACUUCAUGUACGUCCUCUGGGCUCUCCUGUUUGCUUUCCUUGCCGUAUUUCUUGUCAAAGUCUUUGCACCUUACGCCUGUGGCUCUGGAAUCCCAGAGAUAAAAACUAUCUUGAGUGGUUUCAUUAUUAGGGGCUAUUUGGGUAAGUGGACCCUGGUUAUCAAAACCAUCACCUUGGUGCUGGCAGUGUCAUCUGGCUUGAGCCUGGGUAAAGAGGGCCCCCUAGUGCACGUGGCGUGUUGCUGUGGGAACAUCCUGUGUCACUGCUUCAACAAAUACAGGAAGAAUGAAGCCAAGCGCAGAGAGGUAAAAAUGCCAUAAUACUUAAUGCUUAAUACUUUUUUUUGUUUGAGAGCAUAAAUGGUACAGUUUUGGGGGUGACAAUUUGAGGAUUCUACCAAUGUGAAUGCAA